ACAUUUAUCAUCUUCGAGCCAUUAGACCAAUUGCGGGCUGAAGGGGGAGGGAGCUUGCCGCACUGAUCUCUGUUUGCAGCAUCCCAAGAGCAGCCUCUGUUGUGUGAAACACAAGAAAGGGCAAGACAGCGGGAGUGGAUCCAGGGAGGCGCUCGAAGAACUGGUGGGAAUCUCCUAGGAACUGCCAGGAUAGGGUUACUUUGCUGUGUGGAGUGUUUCCUCAGAGAAAAUGGCUGUUCUGUCAAUGUAAACAGGCUGUGCAAUACCUGCAUUGCAAAAGGGGGAAGCAGAAGAGGCUGAGGAGGAGGAGGAGGAGGAGGAGGAAGAGGAGGAGGGGCAGAUACUGGAGCAAAUGCUGCCUCUUCCAAUGAAAUAUUUCUUCCUAUAGCUAGCUCCAGCCUGCUGCAGUCCAACUCUGAACAUGCAUGUUGUAUGUUAAGGUCUCGUGGUAGACGCACCAUCAAUAUGUCAGCGCACCCAAAAUCAGUCGAAGGGCACCUGUGCUGGCCGUGAGGCACACUAGAACCUGAGCAAAUUUAGUGUGAAGACACAUCCUUCUGCCUACACAGUUUCAUCCAACCAUGGCUGUGAAUGCAGCGAAGACAACGGCAAGCUUUCUCUCCACAACUUCCACGACCACCACAGUCCCCCUGCUCUCGACCAGCCCGACAGCAGGAGAAAACAUCACCUCCAGAACAUUAAUGACUGUGACCAUAACAACAAAUGAGACCAGCUUCAACGCAACCAGGUUUCCAGAGGUGGUGAUUGAAGGAUCGGGUGUUGGAAUGUUACUCGUACCCCUUGGCGUCAUUACACUCAUUGGCUUAGCGGUGGCAAUAAUGCUGUACAUUCGGAAACGGAAGCGGUUGGAGAAGUUGAGACAUCAGCUUAUGCCCAUGUACAACUUUGACCCGGCUGAAGAACAGGACGACCUGCUGGAACAGGAACUCCUCGAUCACGGCCGAGAAGGCACCCUCACCGGUCCCAAUGCCAAGACUCUCACAACUUCCCAAGGGACGACACAGCGACCCAGUCGUCUGGUCUUUACAGAUGUAGCCAAAGCGCUCAAUGCUUAACAGCCCUCUUUCAUUAGUAGUUCUCAGCUUGUGACUAUUGGACUCAUCCAGACACAGACUGUCGCUCAGGAAGGAGAAAAAAAAAAGGGAAACUGGGGGCUAUUUUAGCUUUCAACUGGAGAAUGGAGGGAAGUUUACAUCACAUUGUGCAAAAUGACAGUGGUUCAAGUGUUGUGAAAAAAACUAAAACAACAGAGGUCUAUUACAUGAAACAGGGGCACAACUCUUUAUGAUUUUGCACUGUAUUCAUGUUGACACGAAAAUGAAGUGGUGCACUUUUUUUAAAACAAACAUAUGGUGCCAUUGCUGUUUAAAUGUUUGUUAGCCUGUCAGUGAAGUUCCUUUAAUGUUUUGCAUCUACUUUGAGUUCUAAGAGAUACUAGAUGUGUAUUCUAGUGGUUUGUGGUGUUACAUUUCUGACAGGCUUGAAAACUGGAUGUGUUACCAUUCCUAGGAGACAUUAUCCUCCACACUUUUCUCCUCUAUUGAUAAAUGAAAGUUACUGUUUUCAUCUGUACACAUUAAACCUGUUAAAACCCAAUCUGAAAAAUAUCGUACUAUGAGCAAAGGGUUGAUACGUGAUAUUUUAUUGAUAAGCGAUAAAGAAGCAGAGUAACACAAAUCACAAGGUGAAGAAUCAUAACAAAAUAUAUAUCACAGGUUUGUGAGUUGUAUUAAUGAAGUGGAGAACACAUCAAUAACAUAUCUAUAAAAUGGUGUUAAAAGUAAGGCAUAAAAGAUGAUUUCUCAAGUUACACUUCAACUUUUCAAUAGUUGAAAAUGGGUCAAGUACUGUAUGUAACUAAUCACUAUCAUUAAGAUCACAGAACAAAAUUAUCCCCAUAUAAAGAGUAAAUAUCCAAACACAGCUUGUGUAAAAUAACACACCCUGACUCAGCUGGAGUUUAAAUUAAGAGGCACCCUUCAGGUUGACUCCCAUUCACUUGUGGUCAUAUGAAUGUAGUGAGAUGAGAUCUGUGGACUACGACAGUACAAGUUUGACAGUUAUUUCAAGAUUUUAUGAUCCACGUUGCCUGCAGCUCUGAUGGAAACGACUGGCCACGAGUGACCAAAUGUAUCCCCAGAAAUGACUCAGGCAUGGUUGUCUUAAGAGGUAGUCCAGGGGGCAAAAAAGCAAAGUAAAUGCAACAUUGCAUUAAUCUGUAAUCUGGCAGCAGUUUAGUCAACAAUGCUGAAAUACAUGAAAUGAUUGAAAUACAACAUAUUACCAGUGAUAAGUAGAGACAUUACAUAUGAAGAAAAAAUUAUGGGUGGUUUUCAAGUAAUGAGCAACUUAUAAGUGACACAGAUUCCGCGCUGGAUAAAUAUUUACCACACAUGAUGGAAAAAAAAUUGGUAUAUUAGCAUUAACAACUUUGGGCUGUCAGUGUCCAGACAACAAAAUCUCAAAGCAGACUUUUGUAAAACUAGACUGGAGGAUGGUUUUAAGACAUUCAGUUAUCCAUCGUAUAAGUAUGUCGAUGAGCUGCUUACAGUGAGUAUUAGCAUGUGUUUUGGGUUAUCCCAAAACAAAUUCUGCAUCAAAAAAAUAAUCUGCGGUAAGAAACAAACAGUACAAGGUUCUGCAACAUGCCAAAACAACAUUAUUGUACUUUUAGAAUCCUCCUACUCACAACUUCUGUAAUAUUUUGAAUAUUAAUAUUUUUCGCUAAGUCAUAAGAAGAAUAUACAGUAUGUUGCAGAGGUCAGUGUAAGUGCAUCUCUGCUGACUGAAUGCAUUCAAACUGUGAAGCUUUUUGAAGCUUUUAUUUCUCAAGUGAAGGUCAAGUGCAGAAAUGUGAAUUGCAGCCCAACAAUGACAGUACUCUGCUCACAAUAAAAAUAUGCAGAUAUAGCCUGCAAUAGUUUCAUGUGCCAGGUGAUGUGCAGUAGCUCCUCUUAAGUAUUGGCGGUGCUGCCAGUGUCAUUUUGUUCACUGUCACUGAAAAAGUGAGUGAAAAUGUGUUUAUGAGUUUCGCGAAAAAAUUACUUUUCUACCUGGACAAAAGCAGAGACUGGACGCACUUCAGAUGAGUAAGUGGUUGGCCCAGUUUGGCCAAAGGCCACAUUUGAAUUUUUUGCUUUAUCUUAAUGUGAUCUAAAGAGUCCCUGACUACCUCAAGAUGUGCUCUCAGUGAUCGAACGUGAAUGCGUCCCCAGAGUCUUAAAGCCUGAACAGUAGCCUGUCCACUUGUGAUCAGAUUAUGGAAAACACCUAAUCACAGUCAGUGUAAACAAGGCCCACCUGAACACAAAUCUCAACUCUCAAGGACAUUCUAUUACAUUUUCUAGUGACUCUGAUUUAUAGAUUACAUUUACAGACUAUAUAAAAGACAGUUUCAAUCUCAUUUCCUACAUUUCUAGGUUACAAAUCAUAGUGGUGAAAACUACAUUCCCUCUGUUGUGGUUAUCUACUCUAUAUCAAAAUGUAUAACCCUUAUAACAUGAAAAAACCCAAAUGUAGCUGAAACCUAAAAAGUCUUUAUAAUAAGCUAUUCAUGAUCAGUCUGGAUCUAAAGGAUGACCACAGCUAAACUGCAAUAUACAUAGUGGGUGAUAUUAUCUCUUAGAAAGUUUCAAAUUGAAACAGGUGCCUCUCAAGCUGGUUAUGUUGGAUCCAUUGUGGGCGGCAUUUCAAUGUUAAUGGUGAACUUUGGCUGAAAUUAAAAAGCAAUAUUAAAUGAUUUCAAUACAAAAGGGGGUGAUGACUGAUCACUAAAUAAAGGUUGCAGUUUGGCUCCUAAGCCGUGCGUUUGGCUUUGUUUGACAUCCCUCAACGAGCCCACGCGACUAUUCAUGCUGCCAUCGCUGUCAUUUCAUCUGCCUUAAGAGCUGCAGAUAUUCCUGACCCCUCAUACGUCUUACGUGACGGGGAAUCUAUGUUUCACAUGUGCGAGCUAAAGACGGGAAUAUAUCGAGGUCCUUUCUGUUCAGCAUCUUUUGAGAAAUCAAACAUUAACAUACUGUUCAAAUAUUAGCUCAAGUCUGGGGUCAUUUUUAGAAAAGACAAUGUCGUUUUUAUCUAAAACUGACCUACGUUCUUACAUCUGUAGGCGACCGAGGUUCAUUCAUGGUGCUCAAAGAAUCAAAUGACAUGUAUUAGGAGACACAGCACACGGCUUUACUGUGGACGAGCCACAAACCUCUUGGUAAACACUUAUUUUCAUUUUAUAGAAGAAAUGGAUUCAGAUAAAAUCCGAUAUUCUACACACCACAAAUGAAGCCGUACUCACUUUAUUUGAGCUCCACAGUCUCAGAGGUAAAAAAACUGGUAUUUUAAAGUAAGACUGUGUAAAAUCAAAGAAAGAAACAAAAGGUUCUUCCUGUGUGAAGUGAAAUAUUGUACUGAUGGGCAAAAAACACAUCCUCGGUUUUUAUACAGCCAGGUGCUCUGUUGUUUCAGUAAAGCGGCGGCUAAUGUGAAUGUUACCUUUCAUGUAUUUCAGCACUUUGUGGCCAUUUGCUGCGAUGAAUUAAGAGUGUCACACAUACAAGUUACAGUGUAAGAAUCAGAAAAAAUACAUGAUGUAGUAAAAAUGAGAAAAAGAUAGACACUCCCAUCCCCCCACCCCCCCCAAAAAAGUACUUUAUAUGGAGCUAUACCCUAAAAAGCAAGUAUUUCAUCAUGUUGUAAACUAUUGGCUGCAUUUUAUUUCCCAGGAUAACAAAGUCUCGAUGCAGUUUUUUUUUUUUUUCAUAAUCAGAUACAGUUUUUCUUGUUGUUGUUGUUGUUGUUAAGAAAUGACAUUGCUGCUUUAUUUGUACACCUCUACUGGAGUGUAACAUCUGCUUGUCUGUGUUUGUGUGUUGGCAUGUAGCCCUGAAAACCCUUUGUAUGUUUGUACUGUAUAACCGCACAUGAACCUGCGCUUGUACGUGAGUGUGUGUACAGAAUCACUUCUGAGGGAGUGACUACUUUUGUUGGAGAUCUUCUGUCUUUUGUGUUACUGAGGUAGAAUGAGAGAUUAAGAAACUGAAGGUAACUGAGGUUUCAAUGAGGUCUUUGAGUCAAGGCAUACUGGUAAUGUCAAAUCAGAAAUGCACAACAAACACAGCACCACAAUUUUUACUGAGUAGACAUCAUGUUCCUGAAUAGUCUUGUACCUGAGGUUUCAAAAUGGUGUAAAAGCACUGUUAAAAGUGAAAUCCUGAGUGUAGUAAAAUGACACGUCAACAAUGUAGUUGACUGAAGUGUGAAUGAAAGGUUUAUUUCCAAAAUCAAAUAUCCAUUUAGAACUUCGGGCAAUUUUUUCUUCAAUCACCAUCUGGAUGGAGGGAAAAACUGGUUGCUUGAUUACAGCGAGAUAGGAGUUCAUGUUAUAAUAUGAGGUACUUUUCAACUUUUUGAUAGGAUAUUUCAUUUUUUUAAUUAAACCUUUCACACCAACUUUCACAAGAAUGACGCCAGCACACCUUGUUUAUGUUGUGAAAAGUUAAAAACGCCAUGUUUCAAGCGCUUGAUAUAGAAACAUGCUAGAACUGUUCAGUUUGGUUCCUUUGUUUCUUUUAACUCCUCUCAUUUUAGCCUGCAAAUCUGGCCCCUCUCGACACAUGCAAACACACACACACUCAUCCACACACACUGAGAGGACCAGGACUGCUGACAUUGUUGAUGAGUUGUUCGACAUUAAGGGAAAGCUUGCUUCCUUUUCUGAAAUAUAAGAGGAAAUGAAUGCAAAACGACAGAGGAGGGAUGUCUUCGUGAUAUGUCUGAAAACCAUAUCAACUGUUAGAUUUUACGGACAAAAAAAGGGGUUUUAAUGAACUGUUUAGAUGCUUCCAGUAAAUAUUUACCUUACAUACAGACAGAUGACAGAUUAAAAGAAAAGUGACCCUUAUCUUCCAAGAAGACAAUUAUAAUCUGAUGAGUUUUCUUUUUCUAAGUCGACAAUGCUCACUUCCAUAAGGCACAAGGAUUACUGAACUGUUUGAUCAGAAUGAGAAAUGGUGGAACCCAUCAGAAUACAUCAACAGAUUUUGGAUUGAUGACUUAAGAACCAUCAAAUGCAGAGGUGUUGGACUGGAGGCCCAUCACUCUAAGGCACAAAGAGCUGCUUAACCUCUCACUAAAGUGGAUUUUUCCACUGGUACCUACUCAGUGCUGUUCGGCUCUACUCCACUCGUUUUUUCUUUUUUUGCAUUUCCAUCAGGGGCCAGCCGCUGAUUGGCCAGGGAUUCAAAUAACUGGAUGAGUCUGACUAUUUCAACAACAAUGCAACAAAAAACAUCCGAUUGAAUUAUUUCUUUGACCAUCGAUGUUGAAAAUGCCGAAUCCUCGAUCCAAUGCAUCGGUUCGGCCAGUAUAUCGUCCCCACAAUGUCCUUCAUUGUUAGUUUGUGCUUGUGUCGCAUUCAGUGUCUUCACAGCCAGUCAGCAUCGCUUUCUAUUAGGACCUCGUUUGCAAUGGAAAACUGCUUAAACUGUAUCAUUGCGAGGCGAGUAGAGCCGAGUAGGACUGGGUGGGUGCUAAAGGAAAACUCCCAAAAGACACCUAGUGUUGUUUUUUCUUUAAAUUUGUCAUCUGUCUGUAUUUGAAUUAAAACUUGUCAAGAAGCAAGACAACAAAUGCCUUUCUCAAGAUGUGGAACUAUAUCUCAGCAAAAGAUCAAAUAUUUCACUGUUAAAGGAGAAUUUGUUCACAAAAAAAAAGAAACUCUUUAAAAGGCAACAAAAAUCCAGGGUGCUGUUCAGAAGAGGAGAGGAAACUACUGUCUGCCAUGAUUUGUGAGUGUGAGAGUGUGUGAGUGUGUGUUCCUGAAUCCCCAUCACAGAUAGGAGUCAGACUGUACCCCUGUUUGCUUGAGGCCAAACCUUGAGGUAGGUAGAGAGGUAUCUUAUCUACUCCCCUUCCUCCUGCUCAGGCACCUGAGAUGACGAGGGGCCCUCUUCAGCCUCCUCUGAAGGGCCCUGCUGCUCUUCAGUCACUUCUGGAACAACUUUCUGGGGCCAUUUCCUCGGUCUCCCUCGUGGUCUUCUCUCCCCUACAGGCUCUAUUUUCUUCAGUGCAGUUUUGGGGCCUUUGUUCUUGCUGCCCUUUGGUCGUCCCCUCGGCCGUUUUGGAGUGGGUGGUCCAACAGGCUCCUGUUGCUGUUUCCGUGGUCGACCCCUGCCCCUGCGCUGAGGCUCAUCGGGUGACUGGGUAGUGCUUGGCUGAGGAGACGGCUCUUUGGUCCCACUGUUACUCAUGCCUGCGUCUGUCCACCUGCUUCAAAGAGUGUGGGCAUCAAAGCCUGGAGCAGCGGCCUCGAGGGCUUAUGUCGGUUUGCAGUUUUACCUGGAAGUUCACACACACUCCGUUCACUUUGUGCUCCUGCACAACUAUGAAAAUCUUAGUGUAUCGACCGUCUCAUUGGCUGAAAUGAAAGGGUAAUGUCUCCCUCUCUCUCCCACUCUCUCUCUCUCU